CCGUAUCCUUACUGACAUGACAUAUCUCUCAGACUUCUACACUUCUGCUUACUUUAGUUCUACAGUUUCCUCCAAGCCACAGCACUCAACCAUGCAGCAGCUCAACUCAUCCAACUGCUCACUCACCGCUACUGUCACAACUGAGAAUCUGAUUGCCAGUAGUGUGCUGGCAGUUUGCUUCAUACUGGGAGUCCCUGGUAAUAUUGCUGUAAUGGUGCGUCUGUCUGGAUGGCUGAAGAAAGGCAGUUUCACCCCGAGACUGAUGCUAAGCCUGGCCAUAUCAGAUCUACUCACUCUGAUUUCUCUGCCCAUUUGGAUUUGGGCUCUUCUGCACGGCUGGGUGUUUGGCUUAGUCUUCUGUAAGCUUCUCUCUUACAUGUUGUACUUAAGCCUCUACUGCAGCAUACUGUGUCUGGUGUUGAUGAGCAUGCAGCGAUACAUCCAAGUGCUGCAUCCUGAGAAAUGGAAGAAGCUUGGCAGAAAAGGAAAGAAGAUCCUUUUGAGUGGGAUGUGGAUGUUAAGUGCAGUUUUAUCAUGCUAUGCUCUUGUAGUGCGCAAUGAACGCAUGGACAGAGGACGUUUUCAGUGCAGGCUAAAAUAUCGGAAUGAGGUUGAAAGAGUGGCUACUUUAACCUGGCAGAUUAUACUAUUUGUGGCUUCAUCUACCAUUGUAUCUUAUUUCUACUAUCACCUUCACAGAGGAGUUAAUAACUCAGCUUUCUUUAGCAGUAACUCAUUGACCAAGCUGGUGACCAGAAUUGUGGUGUGUUUCUUCAUUUUUUGGAUCCCGAAUCAAAUCUCCAACAUUGUGAUCAUCUUUGCUGCACUGACUGGGAAUGACAGUCUGUUAAGAUAUGCAGAAUCUGGAGACAAUGUUACUUCAGCUCUGAUUUUUAUUAACAGUUGUGUGAACCCCUUCCUGUACGCUUUCUCUGUUCGGGCUCUUCAACAAGGAACAGCUGGAACAAAUGAUCCUUAAUUUCUUGAAGACAAAGUUUUGAGAGUCUGCUGCACUUUUCUGAGAGCUUAUCACAGAAAUUGCAUUUAAAGGCACACCAUAUAGAGUUAUAUGAAUCAUUUUGCUUAUUCUUGCAGUCUAUUUUCAA